AUGCGUAGAAGAAACAAUAAGUGUGAACAGAAGACAAAGGGAAUUGACAAAGAAAUUGAAAACUUUAAUGAUGCUCAUGGAGAUGCAGAGAAGGAGCAAAAAGCAAAAGAAAAGGAAGUGGAGUCACUGAAGCGGACGUCAGCUAGGAUUCAAUACUUAUCUGAUGAAGCUGAAGUGAAGCAGUUCACUAAUGAUGCUGUCAAACUUUGGCUCAAUAACCUCAAACAAUUCUUCUAUGAUGAGGAAGACAUUCUCGAUGACUAUGCCACUGAAAUUCUACGCCUUAAAUUGCAAUCUAACUCUCAUCACCAUACCCAACAACAGGGCACAGAAUAUCGAUGCCGACUUUCUAGCUUCUGGUUCUUCCUAACCCAGCAACAAUCUGAUGGUACAGAAUCUGCAGUUCAGGACAUCAAUGAAACUUCAAAAGGCAUUGAGCCUAAGGUUUAUAACAUCGCCCAAGAGCUGCAGGGAAUUAAAAGUUUUGGAUCAAAAGUAAGGGAUAUACACGAGAAGUUAAAAAGUGUAGAACAAGAAGCUGCUGCUCUAGGAUUGAACUCAAGCAUCGGAUCUGGGUCCUCAAGGCCAUCCAGUGAAAGGCCACAGACAAGUUCUUUGGUGAAUAGUUCUAAUGUUUUUGGCAGAGAUGAAGAUAAGUGGGAGAUUGUUAAAUGGUUAUUAUCUGACAAAACUCCAAGCCCCAAUAAUGAUGAUAAUAGUUUCUCGGUGCUACCCAUUGUGGGCAUGGGUGGACUUGGCAAGACGACCCUUGCUCAAUUUGUUUACAACGAUGAGAAAGUUGACAAGUAUUUUCAGCUGAAAGCUUGGGUCUGCAUAUCUGAAGACUUUGAUGUGAUGAGAUUAACUAAAGAAAUUAUGGAGUCAGCCACUAAGUCACCAUUCCCUCCAUUUGAUUCAUUGGAUGUGUUACAUAUGAAACUUAAAAGAAGCUUUGAGCAACAAAAGGUUCUUAUUGGUUUUGGAUGACAGGUGGAAUGAGGAUUACGAGAAAUGGGAUGUCUUAAGGACUCCUUUUGCAUUUGGUAAAGUAGGAAGCAAGAUAUUGGUCACAACUCGAAACAAAGGUAUUGCAUCAAUGGUGCGCACUGUAGAGAAGGAUCAUGAUCUAAAAGGACUGUCAAACGAGGCUUGUUUUGCACUAAUUAGAAGGCAUGCUUUCAAAGAUGGAAAUUCAUCUGAAGCAAAUCAAAAGAUGAAAGUGUUUGGACAAGAAAUUGUGGAAAAAUGUAAAGGUUUACCUUUGGCUGUAAAGACACUUGCAAGUCUCCUGCGAGAUAAAAGUGAAAACAGUGAGUGGGAAGAUAUUUUGGAUAAUGAAAUAUGGGAUUUAAAAGAGAAUAACAUUCUUCCUUCGCUCAUGUUGAGCUACCAUCAUCUUUCACCGAUUCUGAAAAGAUGCUUUGCCUAUUGUGCUUUGUUUCCCAAAGAUUACGUAUUUAACAAGAUCGAAUUAGUCAUUUUGUGGAUGGCGGAAGGUAUUGUUCAGCCAAUACCAAAAGGAAAGAAACGGGUGGAAGAUAUAGGGGCUGCGUAUUUUGAUGAACUAUUUAUGAAGUCUUUCCUUGAGUUAUCUUAUCGUCCUCCUAACAAUAUGACAUCCCCUUUCCAACAAACUACAUUAUAUGAAAUUGACAAGAAGUUCUAUGACUUAUCAAAAGAAUUUCACAUCAAGUCAUUUUUUGAGUCAUCCAGUAACACGGGAUCAGGAUUUGUGAUGCAUGAUUUAAUCCAUGACUUGGCAGAAUUUGUUUGCAGUGGAAUAUAUUGUAGGAGUGAAGAGUAUGAUAAGACAUCCGAAGUUGUUACAACAACAACCUGUCACUUGUCCUACCUUAUGGACAAUUGUAAUGUUGAAGCGAUAGAAUCUGAAGCCAUGAAUAAAAGCUUAUGCACCCUUCUAGAUCUAAAAGUACAUUAUAUUGGUUCUCCUCACCAAU